CAAAUGCAUUAGAUCUCAUUCUUGAUACUACUCACACACAUAAUACAGUCUCAGAGAGAGAGAGAGAGAGAGAGAAGAGGGGGGGAGAUGCCAAGGAGAUCAGGGAGGUGUUUAAGGGGUUGUUUGGUGUUAUUCGCAGUGGUGUCGGCUGUGUGUGUGUGUGGACCUGCUCUUUAUUGGAAGUUCAAGAAGGGUUUAAGGUUGGGACCCACUUCUUCACCUGCUUGCACUCCUUGCCUUUGUGAUUGUCCUCCUCCUCUCUCCCUUCUCAAGAUUGCUCCUGGCUUGGCAAACCUUUCUGUUACAGACUGUGGAGGAGAUGACCCAGAUCUCAAAGAGGAGAUGGAAAAGCAGUUUGUGGAUCUGUUGACAGAGGAGAUGAAACUGCAGGAGACAGUAAAUGAAGAGCAUGCGCAUCAUAUGAACAUUACCUUUGCAGAAGCAAGAAGGGUAGCUUCCCAGUAUCAGAGGGAAGCUGAAAAAUGCAAUGCUGCCACAGAGACUUGUGAGCAGGCGAGAGAGCGUUCUGAGGCAUUGUUGAUCAAGGAGAAGAAAGUAACUUCCUUGUGGGAGCGACGUGCCCGCCAAAUGGGUUGGCAAGGGGAAUAAAAGUUCAAAUUAGUUGUAUUUCUGUCAUACUUGUGCAAGCAAAUUUUGCCCAGGUUUGUCAUCUUGUUAAAGCAAACAAAUGCUCUCUCUCUCUCUCUCUCCUGCUUGUAUUCAUUUUUUUGUGGCCUCAAAUGGCUUGCAUCAUUAAUCUCCAUUUAUGGCAUAUUUGCACAUGUUGUCAACUAUCACUUGGUAUACAAAACAUCACUUCAAUAUUGUCUUUUGAAUGUC